AGAAAUAAAAAUGUGUUGAUUAUAUUGAAAAUAGACCGAAUUGGAAUUUUAAAUGUGAAAAAUAGAACUAUACCCAACUCAAUAUAAAAUUGAUAAGAAAUUUUUCACCCAGCUCUUUUCUGCAAAGUUGCUAGCAUUUUGGUCUUGCAAUAUGGAAAACAGAGACUUCGAGUUUGAUUCCAGUGUUUAAUGAAGCCUGGUUCCUGUAGUGUGAGGAUGCUCUGAAAGCUUCAGAAGCUCUGGAGGUGGAGCUGUCACUGUUCCCGAUCCUAUAUAUGGAUCUGAUGCAGUAGAGCCCCGUUAGAUCUUUAAAAAUCCUCCUCCAGCGCGAAUAAACGCCCCUGGACUGAAGGAAACACACAGUCUCUGAGAUUCUUAGCAGCGAACAGGUUUAGCACAGCACAACUCCUGCUCCUGACAGGUUAAAGAUGCCCAACCCACCAACCCAGUGACUCCAAGAAAAGCCUACAACAUUUUUACUGAAUUCCACAUCCACGAUGAACACUUCAGAGGCCACCCUGUCCCUUUGGGCCAUCUAUGUCAACUCCAGUCCCGUUUCAUACCUCCUCAACGUCACCGAGACCCCAUCCCACGCCAAGCCUAAAGCAUGCGAGCAGCUCAACAUCGCCACCGAGGUGUUCCUCAUCCUCGGCAUCGUCAGUCUGCUGGAGAACAUCCUGGUCAUCUGCGCCAUAGUGAAAAACAAAAACCUCCACUCGCCCAUGUACUUCUUCGUCUGCAGCCUGGCCGUGGCCGACAUGCUGGUGAGUGUCUCCAACGCUUGGGAGACCAUCAUCAUCUACUUACUCACCAACCGCCAGCUGGUGGUGGAGGACCAUUUCAUCAGACAGAUGGACAACGUUUUUGACUCUAUGAUCUGCAUCUCUGUGGUGGCAUCCAUGUGUAGUCUACUAGCUAUAGCCGUUGAUCGCUACGUCACAAUUUUUUACGCUUUAAGAUAUCAUAACAUCAUGACGGUUCGACGUGCCGCGCUCAUCAUCGGUGGGAUUUGGACCUUCUGUACUGGCUGUGGAAUCGUCUUCAUUAUCUACUCCGACAACACGUCUGUCAUUGUGUGCUUGGUCUCAAUGUUCUUCAUCAUGCUCGCACUCAUGGCCUCCCUCUACAGCCACAUGUUCAUGCUGGCGCGAUCUCACGUCAAACGCAUCGCCGCCCUGCCGGGCUACAACUCCAUCCACCAGAGAGCCAGCAUGAAGGCGGCCGUCACCCUGACCAUCCUUCUGGGGAUCUUCAUCGUCUGCUGGGCUCCGUUCUUUCUCCACCUCAUCCUUAUGAUCUCCUGUCCCAGAAACCUCUACUGCAUGUGCUUCAUGUCGCACUUCAACAUGUACCUCAUCCUCAUCAUGUGCAAUUCGGUCAUUGACCCUCUCAUUUACGCUUUCAGGAGUCAGGAGAUGCGGAAAACGCUGAAGGAAAUCAUCUGCUGCUACAGCCUGAGGAACGUCUUUGGAAUGUCCAGGUAGUUUCCACCCCCCCUCCACCCUAAAAAAACGAGAGAUGGAUUAUCAUUUCACCAGAAUUUAAGAAGUCUGAGAAGAUGUCCCAACCCGGCCUUGAUCUAGAUGGAAAAUAUGAUUUUUGUGAUAAUACUCUCUAUAAAACUUGCAAAAAGUUGGACAAUUAAUCAAGAGCUCUUCAAUGCACAAGGAUGCAAAAUAGAAUGCCUAAUGAGACGAUUGUUGAUAAUAUAUGUAGAUAUUGUUGAAGAAUUAAGGAGGCCUUAGAACUAUGGAACAAUAUAAUCCUCAACAGACAAUGUGAUUUAAUAUCACAGUCUCCAGGGACAAGCAGGAGCCGUCGAUCAAAUCCUGUGGGAAAAACAAGUGCAAUCAUUUGUCAAAUUAACCAUGCAAAACACAGCCUGAUGUAUUGUUGUAUAGGUAAGUUGAAACUGUAAUAAUGCAUGCAAUUUACAUUGCUAAAUGCACUCUGUGGUUGGCACUGAAACUGAGAAAGUAUGAGCCACUCUGUUGAAUCCCAAGAUGAAAUUCAAUGCUGGCAGUUUUCAGUUUUUAAAAACAUAUAUUUACACACAUUACAAGACAGAACAUGAAGUACACUUAUAUAUGAAAAUGGAGAAAAAUGGGUUUACUCUCAUGCUGUGAGUAAAAUGUUUACUUAGGGUUUCAAGGCCUAUCGUGUCACUACCCAUUUUUCUACAGUCUUCAGGUGUUUUGUAAUAGAUGGAAUUGAAAUGUUUCACGUAUUCCUGUAUAAUAAUGUGUGUGUAUUUAUGUAGCUGCAAAAGCAAAAUGAAAAAAGACAUAUUGAUACAAAAAUGCAUAACAGAAAAGUAUGUUCUAUACUGUGCAACUAAAAAGCAAAACAAAACAUCAUUAGUAUUGCUGACUUUUCAUCACAAUUAAAGCAUUUGUGAAUAUGCUGGCAAUUUAUAUAUAAUUAUAGUAAGCACGAAUGUGUACUUGAAGUUUGGGGUCUGCAGUUAUUCAAUAUAUUUACCACUGACCCUUUAAAUGUAAUAACAGUAAUGUAUGGCUUUUAAAAAACAAAAAACAACAACAAAAAAUUCCUUUUCAUAGAUGUGUAUUGGCUAUGAAGUUUCAGGGUGAGAAUCAGUGUUUCUGUUGUUUGUCAUUAUGCUGCUUACUGUCUACAGCUACUGAAAAAGUAAAUCUGUACAGAUGGAGGUAAAAGCAAGUGAUUUUUUGGUUAUUGUUUCUGCAUUCAAUCAGUGCCAUUCAAGUUAAAGACUAACAAUUGACAAGAAAUAAAAUGAGGACUAAAUGGCAUACGUUUUCAUUGAUUAGUCAAUGUGUAAUUGCCACAAACCACAUUCAUCUAGAGUACAUGCACCUGGUUGACCAAAUGCAAUUAUACUGAUAUAUUCAGGAGACCGGGGCUAGUUGUCACACUCUUCUAGGCAGUGUGUGUGUGUG